AUGAAAUUGACGACAUCAGCACACGACAUAUCGCAGCUAAAGGUGCCGCUGUACGCGGACCCCCGGCGGGCAGCCGAGCUCAGCUGCCACUUCAAGAUGGAUGAACAGAAACUUCAUUCUGUCAAGUGGUACAGGGACACUAACGAGAUAUUCAGAUAUAAUCCCACACAGCAGCCUUCAAUCCGUCUUUUCAACAUAUCAGACGUGAUGGUGCAAGGCGGUGAAUGUCAACCAGACUACUGCGUGGUCAGGGUCAUGCCUCCUCCGAUCUCCACGAGAGCUGCAUACACCUGCGAGGUGUCCACAGAAGGGCCCAGGUUCCAGAUAGCGAGGAAGACGAAACAUAUGACUGUUGUUGCGAUGCCGCAAGCGGAUCCCGUGAUAAUCGGAGCGCCAAAAGUGUUGAAACCUGGGGAGCAAGUAUUCCUGAACUGCACGUCCGAUUUCUCCCUACCACCGUCGGAUAUUAAUUGGUACAUCGACGAGGAGCUACAAAAGCCCGAGCCGUGGCAGAAGACUGAAGUGACGGGCAACCAGCCGGGAGGGCUGCGUCGCUCGUGGCGUGUAAUGCGGGUGCGCGUCCCGACCACUGCGAGCGGGGCCUUGCGUGUGCGCUGCGAGUCUAUACUGCUGGUGGAGCCCCCUGUAGUCAGGGACGCAAACACCAUCAUCACUAUACACUCGCGCACGCAACUGUCUAAAUAUGUGUCUAAUAUUAGUGGGAGAUUUAUAAUAACUAUCGAACCAUGCUUCGACACGAAUGGGCCGGCUCGACCGGAGUCAUACCACGGUCUCACAGAAAACCGACGUGAAACAAUGCUUGCGUUGUGUUUCGUCAUGUGA